AGGAAGACGAACUCCAACUCGUCCUCACGUUUUGGAAAAAAUACGACCUCCCGAGCUCGUCCCAUUUUUGCAACUAAUUGUUGUCAAAAAUAUCACCGCGUUGACCUGCUCGACGAGGACCUGUACCUCAGUAACAGAAAACCAAGCCACCUCUUUCGCGGAAAUAAGCAGCAAAAUGUCCUUUUCAAAACUACUUUGCAAACUCUUUGCAACCUCCAUUGUUUUUGAUCAGGUUUUAGUACAACUCGCAGCUUCAGCUUCUGCGGCUUCCCGGUUCAGGACGAGAAGAACGGAGAAACAUCAAAGUAGUCUUCAAACAGCGCCGCGGCAAACUAAGAGCUCGGAAAACGAGAACCUGGUGCAACAGAUUCGAAGCACCAAGGAGAAAGUUUUCCAGUUGCAAGUUCUUGUAAGGAACCAGGAUGACAAAGCGAAAUCACGGCUAGAAGAAUUGCUGAAAAUAAAUACCGUGGGCGAAAAUUCAGAGCGUACCGAGGACGCUUCUUCUACUUCUUCACGUAGUAGUUCUACUUUAUCAUCAUCCCAGGCCGCGACCUUUUCCUUUCUCGAACGGGAAAUCAAGAAGGGAUCGCGGGAAAUCGCCUCGGCGAUAGAGCAGGAGAAGAACAAAAUCAUUUCAAAACUGGAUGCAGGGGAAGAACUUCUCGAGAACCAGAUGAAGAACUUCCAAGCCCUUCUGCAGAAAAAUUUCGCGCGGGAGGAGGAAAACUGGCACUGGUUUUGGCUCGGGGGAACGAAUGAGUAUAGAAGGAGAAACGGUGAUCAUCCGACAUGAUCAUGGACUAAAGAAAAAUCGCAGCAUACCCUCGCGGAAAGGGUAUUUUUUUUUACGGACCGCAGAAAUGACACAGCUUUUCCCAGGGUGUGGCAGUGUUCAUUGGGCAUAUUAUGCGAACAGUGUUGAAGCUGAGAAAGGCCGACAAAGGACGGGCGCUUUUGGGGCCGCAGGUGUUUAGUUUUCAUUGUCCGAGGCACAGAGCUGGGCUCGCACCACGCGGGGGAUGACAAUCCAAACGAACCUGCUCAACGCCAUGGCCCCGACCCUCUUCAAGCGCCGCGCUCCGGCCGAGGUAAGAGCGCUCGACGACCAAAACGCGCGGGCGCUCGUGGCCAGGUGGGAAGAGUGGUAGGCUUCAUGCGUCCAGCAACAAUGAAAACGAAGCACCUGCGGCCCCCAAAGCGCCCGGCCAUUGUCGGCCCUUCCCAUCUUCGCAUAAUAUGCGCAGUGAGCACUGCCACACCCUGCGAAAAGCUGCGCCAUUUCUUCGGUCCGUAAAAAAAAACCCGUUCCGCGAGGGUGUGCUGCGAUUUUUCUUUGGUAGAUGAUCACUGUCGGCGAUCACCAUUUCUCCUUCUAUAAUGAGGAUGGAACGGAGGAAAAGGGGGUAAACGAGAAAAUGGACGAGAUUCUCGGGCAUUGGAAGUACUACAACGACUUUCCGGUGGAGGGCGGUUGA